ACCACAUCGGUGAUUAGGAAUUUGGCGGCAAGAGGGGCAGGAUUUGCGGGAAAGACAGCUGGAGCCGACAGAGUCAAGAUAAUCUUCCCUCUUAUAAGGAAGAAACAUCAACAAAGUUCCCGGAAACCUUUUCUUCUUUUAAAAAUUAGUAGAAAUUUAAUGUCGUCCAAAAUUUUCAAGUUCAUUUAGUCGUGGAUUGCUGAGAAAUCAUGGAUUUUACGCGGAAUCCCCGGCGCAAUUUGCAGAAACAGGCGGAUGUUGAACUCGACAGCCAAUAUCCGCACGACCUCCAGUUAUAUGACAAAAUUCCAACAAAUUCCAUUCUCAUUCAUGACUUUGAAGAAAUCGCCCUGGAGAGACUUAAAGCUCUUCGAAUAAUUGAGACAGUGACCCUGCGAGGCUUUGUAAAGUAUUCUGAGGAAUGGCGUAAAAACUUUCAUGAAGAGCUGAAGAAGCAGGAGCUUAAACCCCUUGCUAAACUUUACUCCAGUCCAGGCGUCUCUGGAACAACACCAAAUUAUGAGGCUAGAAGAAGGGACCACAUUUCGCACUUCAUUCUGUGUCUUGCGUUUUGCCGAACUGAUGAACUCCGCAACUGGUUCAUCAAUAAAGAACUUGAUCUCUUUAUGGCCAGGUUCGAAGAGCUGACAAUUGAUGGCCGAAAGGAUUUUUUGCAAAUCAACAACAUUGAUUUCAAACCUAUUCCAGUGGAGGAAAAGAAAUCAAAAUUGGCGAAGUUUAUAAACACAUUCCAGCUUAUGAACGCAACACAAAUAGAUUUGUCCGACUUCUACAAAGUGCCUUUUAGACGAGUGCUCGACCUUGUGAAAAUUCGAAGGGUCUACUUGGAAAAGGGCCAAGCAUAUGUUGCCUCUGGUGAUUUGGGAAACUUGAUUGCAUCCAAGCUUCGCCAAGAAAUCUCUCAUUCUCUUGCAGUAAUGAGACAGUGUCUUCCUGAAACUACAGCAGACAUUAGACUGGAUUCUGUCUUGAAGUGUUUGCUGGACCAGUAUGAGUCUGGAACUUACAAGCCCACUACAACUUCAUCUGAUUCACUAAGAAUUGAAGAUCUAGAUGAUCUGUCAAAGAAAUCAUUCCCUCCUUGUAUGAGGAGAAUGCAUGAGACCCUGCGUCUCAAGCAUCACUUGCGACAUGCAGCUCGAAUGCAGUAUGGCCUAUUUUUGAAAGGCGCAGGAUUGAGUCUUGAGGACGCUCUCAAGUUUUGGAGGUCGGAGUUUGUGAAGGUCAUGGCCGUGGAAAAGUUUGAGAAAGAAUACGGCUACAAUAUUCGCUACAAUUACGGAAAGGAAGGAAAGCGGUGUAACUUUUCCCCGUACGGCUGCAACAAAAUCAUCAACAGUCAACCUGGCCCAGAAGAUGCAAGUGGCUGUCCAUUCAAGCAUUCUAAACCUCUAGAGCUGCGGAAGUUGAUUCUGAGUUACGGUAUCGACUCAAACCAAGGUCUUAAGGAUGUCAUGGAGUAUGUCAAUACUCAGCAGCCUGUGCUUGCCUGCCAGAAGCUUUUUGUCCUGUCACAACCUGGCAAAGGCGUCGAAUUUGGUUUGUGCCACCCUAAUCAGUACUUCACUGAGAGCAGGAUGAUUAUUACUGGAGCUAAUGUAAAACAAGAGCCUGCAUCUGAAACAGCCGCGACUCCGUCCACAACCUACAACUCUCCUGCCAGCACUUACGCUACUCCAAGCCCAAGCAAUAUCCGCAAAAAUAUUAAUUCCAGUUCGACCCCAUUGAACACAAAAGCUACCACUGUGGCCAGAGAUACUCCAGCCUCAUCCCGCAAAGCUCUAAAUGUGAACAAAGCAGGUAAGGCCGAGCCGUUGAGCGAUGUUUCUGAUUGGCUUGAUGAAAUGGAGGACAAUGAUUUGUCUCAAAUUGAGGCCAUGGACACUACAGCCUAAACUUAAAUUACUCGAUUGAUGCUUAAUUUACAAGACUAGUGGUAAUUUAGAGCCAAUAGUAGCAGCAGAAGUCUCGUACAUGUCUGGGACUAACAGUGUUUCAUACUGCUGUGAUCGAGGUACAAUGAUUGGCAGACUACUCGGCUGUCUGGGCUGAGCACCUUUGUAUGCACCUUGAAACUCUGUUUGCAGAG